AUGAUAUCGGAGUCACAAGAAUGGAUCCUGCACACUAUAUUGCAUUUGUUAUUUACAUUAUGCAUUGUGUAUCCACCAGUUGAAUUUCAACGUGCAGGCUUCACUAUCCAAACAUUAUUUUCUGGAAUAUUGGGUGUGGAACGAGAUGAUUUUGUUGGAUAUCAUUUGAGGAGGUCCUUAUUGACACGUUUCAUACAUUUCUGCCUACCUUUAUUUUACUUCGUCUAUUUAUCGAUGGUUUUACGAGAAACAAUAUUUACCCCUACACCACAAACUGUUUUGCAGUUUGGUGCAUACGUAUCUAUCGCAAUCGCUGGAGUCGCUGCCUUCAUAAUGUUGUAUCAUUGGUGGAAUGGAUUUGAUAAACAUUCGACUGUGCACUGUUUGAAAAGCUAUCUUGGCAGUAAUGGAAGCAGUUGGCGUGUAGUAGCUGAAUCAAUCAACGCAGAGUAUCGCAAUGUGCUGGAUACGUUAAGCAUAACUCUAUCAGGUAUAGAUCGUGUUGUGAUGACAUCUUCGUGGAUUUUGUAUAUUACUAAUUAUACAUUGAUUUGCGCUCAAGUGAGUGAUGUAUCACUGGAGGCUAUAAGAGCUGACGAACAUCCAAUUUCUCACCAUACACAAAAUGGUGGUUCGGCGCAAAUACGUGCAGAAUCAUUCCGUGAUUUGCGUAACAAGCUAGAUAAACCUAUUGCUGUAGCUCGAGAAGUAGUAUUGAAGCAAUCACUUAAUGAGCGUUUCGUUGAAGCAUUCACACAACAAAUUGCUUUGAAUCCUAAAUAUGAAUAUGACGAGCCGGAACGCCUUGAGCCAUGUUUGGGUUGCUCUACUGAGAUGUCGAACAUCAAAUUAUGGAAACAGUGUCUGAAUGAUAUUCAGGAUGAUAUGGGUGCAGAAGGACCUAAACUCCAUUGCACGCAAUGCUAUUGCAGACCUAUGUGGUGUGACACAUGUAUGGGACUUAUCUUUGCAUCUAAACAAGAUCCACAUCAUCCCGAACUGUGGAUGCCUGGCAAAGCUCAAUGUCCAACAUGUCGAGCGACAUUCUGCGUUCUUGAUUGCACGUCCGAUAGACGGAAAGAUGGCCUCACCAACAAAAGUGCAACGACAUUGUUUCCGCAUUACAAUAUGACAUAUGGAUGUCAUGGUAGGAAAACGAAACAACAGCCGAAUAUUAAAAUACGGUUUGAAUUCUUGCGAUUGAUACACCACAACAAGAUGGACUGUCAAUACUGGAUCUAA